CUUUCCAAUCAACUGUCAACUCAAGUUGCUGCUCUGUAUAAUGAAAUCUGCCUCCGUAUUUCAGUGCAGACUCAAGACGUCCUACGGCUGCAAGAUCUGUGCAAAAUAAUGUGAAUCAACCUGCCACGAGAAAUCAAGAGAAUCAGAAUAAGAUGGACAUCCAGGAUCAGGAUGCCACAGCCAGAUGGGAGGCUCUGGGCAGCCGUGACCCGAGAUCCAGAGGCACAGCAAUGGAGCACAUCAGCCAGGAGGUGAUGCGGAGAGUGGAGAGUAUAGGGCCGAUACCAGCCACCGUCCCCUCGCCUCUAGCUACUGCAGGGCACCCCACCAGCGACCUGAACGACAUCCUGGCCCGUCUACUCAUGCUGUCCAAGCGGUGCCCUUUCGAUGACGUCAGAGAGCGAUGUGUUUGGCUGCUGCAGAACGUUCAGGACUUUGGAGUUCGAAUCCCAAGACCCCUGGGAAAUGGACCAAGUAGAUUUAUCCCUGAAAAAGAGAUCCUUCAAGUCAGUAAAGUAGACCCCAGGACACAAUCGAUAUUUGAGGACGCAUUCGCAGCACUGGGUCGCCUUGACAACAUCUCCUUGGUGAUGGGCUUCCACCCACAGUACCUGGAGAGCUUUCUGAGGACACAGCACUACCUGCUGCAGAUGGACGGGCCCUUAUCCCUGCACUACCGCCACUACAUAGGCAUCAUGGCUGCAGCCAGACAUCAGUGCUCCUACCUGGUCAACCUGCACGUCAACGACUUCCUCCAGGUAGGAGGGGACUCCAAGUGGCUGAAUGGCCUGGACGGAGCCCCACAGAAGCUGCAGGCCCUCGGGGAGCUCAACAAGAUCCUGGCCCACCGGCCCUGGCUCACCAAGGCACACAUCGAGCACCUGCUGAAGGCUGAAGAACACAGCUGGUCCCUGGCUGAGCUGAUCCAUGCUGUGGUGCUCCUCACACACUACCACUCCCUGGCCUCCUUUACCUUCGGCUGUGGCAUCACCCCCGAGAUCCACAGUGACGGGGGGCACACAUUCAGACCCCCCUCCCUCAGCCAGUACUGUGUCUGCGACAUCGCCAAUGGCAACGGUCACGGCCACCUGGAGGAGAGGAGAGGCAAUCACCAGGUGUCAGAGGUGUCUGGUGAGGUGGAGGUGCUGAUGGAGAGGAUGAAGCAGCUGCAGGAGUGUCGUGAUGAAGAGGAAGCCAGUCAGGAGGAGAUGGCCACACGCUUUGAGAGGGAGAAGACCGAGAGCAUGCUUGUGGCCACGGCAGAGGACGAGGAGUGUGUGCCAUCCAGAGACGUCUCCAGGCACUUUGAAGACCCCAGCUACGGCUACAAGGACUUCUCCAGGAGAGGAGAACAUGUACCCACCUUCAGAGUGCAGGACUACAGUUGGGAGGACCACGGCUACUCCCUGGUGAACCGUCUGUACCCUGACGUUGGUCAGCUGCUGGAUGAGAAGUUCCAGAUGGCCUACAACCUGACCUACAACACCAUGGCCAUGCACAAAGACGUGGACACCACCAUGCUGCGCAGGGCUAUCUGGAACUACAUCCACUGCAUGUUUGGCAUCAGGUAUGAUGACUAUGACUACGGGGAGAUUAACCAGCUGUUGGACCGCAGCUUUAAGGUCUACAUUAAGACCAUGGUGUGCAGCCCGGAGAAAACCACCAAACGAAUGUACGAGAGCUUCUGGAGACAGUUCCAGCACUCCGAGAAGGUCCAUGUCAAUCUGCUUCUUAUGGAAGCGCGCAUGCAGGCAGAACUGCUCUACGCUCUGAGAGCGAUCACCCGCUACAUGACAUGAAAUGCUUUUGGCGUUUAUCAUUGUUUUUUGCUGUCAUUGUCUUUGCUCUCGUGGGACACUUCAGAAGAAAUAAACCAGGGGGGGAAACAGAAAACUAAAAAGAUGAAAGGUAACCCUGUCCGUCGUGACGAAGCUCGUCCUCGUGAUGUGGAAAGAAAAAUGAACAGAACAAAUGAGAGAACAAAAAAAAGCAAAUGAAAGAAGAAGAAAAAAAAGAACUGCAAAAAGAAAAGUCAUCUCAACCUACUUGUGGAAAGAUAAGCUGUCCUCUUUACCUGCAGUGCCAAAACUCACCAUGAGGGGGCAGCCUGGAGCAGACACUCUGCUGGGCCAGAGGAAAAGAAACAGAUGACACAGGCCACCCUUCCAGUAUUCUAAUACACCUCAGUGGAUGAUGUCAAUAGAAUCUCCAUAUAGUGUGAAAACCCACAGCAAAUCUCCAGAAAGCAAAAGCAGUGCAUCAGUCUGCACUUGAUAAUGUAGUCACUGGUUUUUGUUGAAUAUAUUUUGCUUUAGUCUUUUUGUAUUAAGAGAAGUUGUUAUCAUCAUGUGGUUGUUAUUGCGGUAACUGGAGAUGAUGGAAGCAUUAUUUGGCCUGUGUGUUGGUGUGCCUGGUUAUGUCAUACACCACAGUAUAGUGUGUAGAGGUGCUGCCUGAUACUGCUGCUCAUGUAAGCAAGGGGUCAUAUUGACCCCCCCCCAUCCUCCCUCCCACCCCUAAGAACCCUAUCCAUCAUAAACCCACAGCAUUACCCCCCAUCCUCCCUCCCACCCCUAAGAACCCUAUCCAUCAUAAACCCACAGCAUUACCCCCCCAUCCUCCCUCCCACCCCUAAGAACCCUAUCCAUCAUAAACCCACAGCAUUACCCCCCCAUCCUCCCUCCCACCCCUAAGAACCCUAUCCAUCAUAAACCCACAGCAUUACCCCCCAUCCUCCCUCCCACCCCUAAGAACCCUAUCCAUCAUAAACCCACAGCAUUACCCCCCAUCCUCCCUCCCACCCCUAAGAACCCUAUCCAUCAUAAACCCACAGCAUUACCCCCCAUCCUCCCUCCCACCCCUAAGAACCCUAUCCAUCAUAAACCCACAGCAUUACCCCCAUCCUCCCUCCCACCCCUAAGAACCCUAUCCAUCAUAAACCCACAGCAUUACCCCCCAUCCUCCCUCCCACCCCUAAGAACCCUAUCCAUCAUAAACCCACAGCAUUACCCCCCAUCCUCCCUCCCACCCCUAAGAACCCUAUCCAUCAUAAACCCACAGCAUUACCCCCCAUCCUCCCUCCCACCCCUAAGAACCCUAUCCAUCAUAAACCCACAGCAUUACCCCCCAUCCUCCCUCCCACCCCUAAGAACCCUAUCCAUCAUAAACCCACAGCAUUACCCCCCAUCCUCCCUCCCACCCCUAAGAACCCUAUCCAUCAUAAACCCACAGCAUUACCCCUCCCUUCCCCAAUACCCCCCACCCUGAAACUGUUUGUGUAAGCUAACCCAAGAAGUGUGUGAAAGCGGAGAGGUGUUGGAAAAACUAAAAAAUAACACUGUCUGAGCCCUAUUUAGUUAGACUGUACGUAUGAUGAACCCAUUCUGUAUGAGAGACUGAUGUCAGUGACAAAUAUCAUGUGUGGAUGUGUGUGCAACUCCAUGUGUUUUACAGAAAAUAUAAAGAAAAAAAGUGUUGAAAUUUCAAGCAACAAAAAAACAGGAAGAAAGCGAAGUAAUUUGAAGUGUGAAACUUCUUGCCUCUGCUGUAGCUCUUUCCAUGUGGUGACUGUUACAUUGUUUUGUUUCUGGUAAAAAGCUUUGUCCUGUAAGAAAAAGAACAUGAAAGCUAAAACAAAGUGGUCUUCCAGGGGAUUGGCUUCCGGUUGUCAUAACAAUGACCUCACCUGUCUGUCUUCCGCUCACCCUCGACCUUUGACCCUGGCCUGGGCAUCCUAACACUUUGAAAGCUUUGGGUAUUGUGAAUUGUACCAGUAAAUAAAUACCUCUUCUGUUUUCUUUUC